AAUGGAAAGAGCCGAAGACCUUGGCUCUGUUAUGUGAUCAGCUGUGUCCAAUCACAGCUGAUCACAUGGGACAUGUACACUGAUCAUCAGGGCACCGAUGACCAGUGUGCCCUGAUGAUCAGUGUAGCUCCAGCAGUGCCACCUGUCAGUGUCCAUCAAUGCCAGCUGUCAGUGUUCAUCAAUGCCACCUGCCAGUGCCACAUAUCAGUGCCUACCAGUGCACAUCAAUGCCACAAAUCAGUGCCCAUCUGAGCUGCCUUUCAGUGUCACCUAUCAGUGCCAGUCAGUUCCACCUAUCAGUGCCACCUAUCAGUGCCAGUCAAUGCCGCCUCUCAGUGCGCAUCAGUG